GUGAGUGAGAGAAACGGUGUGGAUUACAGAAAGGAGAAAAGAAGCUUACACUUUUAUAAACUGGAUUUUUGCUGGGAGUUGGAAAUACUGGAACACUGGCAUUUGUGCUUGAACAAGCUGUGUCUCUGCUAUGUCACAGCUGUCUGAGAGGAUGCAUUCUAAAAAGGCAGGGAUCCGAGCAGCUGUAGUACUUAUAGGGUUACUGCAUAAAUCCCGAAAGCAAACUAAAGAUAAAAGAAAACAAGAGUUAUCAGACUGUGCAAAUGCAACUCUAAUAGAAAGAUCUCAAUCCCCACCGCACACAACUCCUCCAGCCAUGAAGUCAUCAGAAUUUUUUGAAAUGCUGGAAAAGAUGCAGGUGAUCAAGCCAGAGGAGCAGAGAAGUGGAAGCCAGAAUAAGGAAAACUACAUUCCAUAUCCCAGCAUCGAAGAGACAUUAGAGAAAGAAGGACCACAUCCGUUGAUAAUUCUACCCCAGUUUGGGGGUUACUGGAUUGAAGACAAUACAAGUAUCAGCACUCCAACAUCAUCAGAAAGCAGUAUUUAUGAAGAUGAGGAAGAAAACCUUAGCCCAAGCACAUAUGGAUAUAAAUUAGAAUACAACAGAACAGCCCGAGCAUACAGGAAACAUUUUUUAUUCAAGGAUCAUUUAAAUUUUUACUGUACUGGCAGCAGUCUGGGAAAUUUGAUUCUUUCUGUCAAGUGUGAAGAAGCAGAAGGCCAGGAAUACCUACGGAUAAUACUAAGGUCCAAAUCAAAAAUGGUACACGAAAGAAUACCUCUGGCUGGGCUUAGUAAACUUCCUAGUAUUCCACAGAUAGCAAAGGCCUUGUGUGAUGAUGCAAGUGGAUUGAAAUUUAAUCCUGUACUCUAUCCAAAGGCAUCUCAUAUGAUAGUGUCUUAUGAUGAACAUGAGGUGAACAACACAUUUAAGUUUGGGGUCAUUUACCAGAAAGCCAGGCAGACGUCUGAAGAAGAGCUGUUUGGGAAUAAUGAAGACAGUCCUGCGUUUAAAGACUUUUUGGCAUUACUCGGUGAAAACAUUCUUCUACAGGAUUUUAAAGGCUUUCGUGGAGGUUUAGAUGUCACACAUGGCCAAACAGGAAUAGAGUCGGUUUAUACAACAUUUAAAGACAGAGAAAUUAUGUUCCAUGUCUCUACAAAACUACCGUAUACAGAAGGAGACGUACAACAGCUACAGAGAAAAAGACACAUCGGUAACGAUAUUGUAGCAAUCGUGUUUCAAGAAGAAAAUACUCCCUUUGUCCCCGAUAUGAUUGCCUCCAACUUUCUUCAUGCAUAUAUUGUAGUACAAGUAGAAAACCCCUGCCAAGAAAAUACAACUUACAAGGUAGCAGUUACUGCCCGGGAAGAUGUACCUUUCUUUGGACCUCACUUACCAAACCCACCAGUGUUCAAAAAGGGUGAAGAAUUCAGAGACUUUUUGCUUACCAAGCUUAUCAAUGCUGAAAAUGCAUGCUGCAAAUCAGAGAAGUUUGCAAAGCUAGAGGAACGGACACGAGCAGCCCUCUUGGACAACUUACAUGAUGAGCUCCAUUGGCAUACCCAGGCUAUGCUUGGGCUGGGCCUUGAAGAAGACAGGCUGGAUAACGGCGGCCAUGGUGGAUUCCUAGAAUCAUUUAAGCGAGCCAUUCGAGUCCGCAGUCACUCCAUGGAGACUAUGGUGGGAAGUCAUAGGAGGCCCCACAGUACCGGGAUUUCUGGAAGCUUAAGUGGCGGGAUUGCGAACACAGCGGGAGACAGUACAAAGAGUACCUACUCGCCCCCUGUAAUGUCAGCCAAAGGACAGCUAAGGAGUCCAGUAAAAAGAAGAUCAGGGUUAUUUCCACGGCAGCAUGCAUUAUCUGAAAGUCAGUCUGAAAGCAGGACACGAAGUGAUGCUGUUUCAGUUGCUCAGAAAACUCCAGACAGUGCACACAUCUCUCAAGAUAUGAAGUUAGAGACCUCAUCAAACCCAAGCUCACCUGAAAUAUACUUCAACAAAGAGAGGCCCAGCAUUAAACUUCAGGAGAACGGCAGAGGGAAUAUCUCACGGUCCUCCUCCAGUACCAGCAGCUUCAGCAGCACGGCAGGCGAGAGUGAAGCCAUGGAGGAAUAUGACAGUGCAAGUAGCCAGCCAUCAGCAGCAUCAUCGUACAAAGGGGAAGUGUUUGUUUAUAGCCCACCAUCAGCAAGUGGUGACAAUCAGAUCCCAGCGACACCAGUGACCCCAAUCCCCCCGGUUAUCAUGUGCAGGAGCCCUACAGAUGUAAAAUCCAAGAAUUCCCCCCGGUCCAAUCUGAAAUUUCGAUUUGAUAAACUAAGUCACUCUAAUGCAAGUACUGGCCACUAGCAGGAAUGCAAAGCUUGAAGAAUAAAGACACUGAAAGGAACUAGUUUGGGAUGACUAGAUAGGACAGAAGCAGCUAACCAAAAAUGUAUUAACCACACAUAAAACCAUCAUGAAGUAAUGAGUGGUACUUUUAAUUUAGUCCGCUGUCUUCUCGUCCACACGAAAGGCUGGUACUGCCAUCUUACAUCUCUUUUAAUUACCAGUGGUACCCAUCCUUACAAUCAGCUCGCUGCAUCUCUACAUUUUGCCUGAUGAAACAACCUUAGUGCUGAGUAAAGAGGACGUCUUUUCAACUGCCUCUCAUAUACUUGAAGAAACUGUAUGGAUUUGCACAGUACUCUAAUAUAUUGAAUUCUACUAUAUCAGAAAUAUUUAUGUUAAGGGUUUUAAUUAAUAUAUCGCAAAACACCUGAAAUUAUAUUAUCGUUGCAUUUUAAAACCAUUCCUACCUGCAGUCGUCUGGAUCUCUGGGUUGUAUCAUUCUGUACUUAUUCCUUUUCAUUGCAAAAUUUAUUUAUUUGAUGAGAAGUACUUUUCUCUGCACACAGAUGAAGAAGGGUGUAUGAAUUGUGUUUUGACUUCAAGGGCCAUCCUUGCCUUGCAUUUGUAGAAAGAGAUUCUGUACAGAUGAAGCUCUGCACUGUUAUUUGUUUGUAAACUUGUUUUUGAUAUAAAGUAUUGUCAACAAUCUCCCUCGGUGUACCUACAAACAUGUCAACGGCAUUCCUAUUUUUGAAAUUCAUCUUAUAUAUGUAUGUAUGUAUAUGUAGCUCUACUCAGAAACUGACAUUUAACUUCAGAAGUAAGGAAAAAGAAUAACUCAAAAGUAUCUGUUGACUAAUUUAGCCAUUUCACAUAUAGUAGACAGUCUGUAGUGAGGCAGAAUAUUUUGCUUGUAAUUUAAUUUAUGAUGUUCUUAAAUUAAUCCUUUUUAUGUUUUAUUAUUUGGAGAGAAUUAUCUUACAUGAUUGAAAGCUGUAAGACUGGAUGGCAGUUCAACAAAAACACACAAAAGCUGUGAUUUAAAAACAAUAAUAUGUGUCUAAUACUAAACGAAGUGUGUUCUGAGGUUAUGGGAAUCUCAGGGCUCACAUAUUUAUCUGUUUUGUAUUUAGUGAUUUUUUUUUCCCUUUUCCAAUCCCAGGCUCAUCGAUUUCAUGAUCAUAGCACAGAGAAUUUCCCUUGUUUUUUUUCCUGUCUUAACUUUACAGUUUUGUAUGCCACCUGAUUAUAUUUUUCUACACAGAGACACACAUUUCUAUUAAUAUAUAAAGCAUGUGGAGUAUAAAUAUCUAGUAAAAAGUUCCACUAAUAGGAUUGGAUAAAAAAAAAUUUUAAAUAUAAACCAAUGAAACUAACAUCAGUGCAUUUACAUGUCUGGAUCCAGAAAUGCUGAUAUGAGCAUUUGAAUUUCAUCAUGUGUCUUGGAAAUCAAACAUGCAAAUCUUUCUGGCUGAAUCGAAUAAGGAAAAUGAUCUUAAAAAUGUGGACACAUUUGUAUCAUUUCAGUUUCCACUCACUUUGAGUGCAAUGAAGGGAUAUUUCGAUUCUGCUAUGAGUGGUCAAGUCAUGUCCAGACAAAGUUAGAACUGAAUGAAAACCAUAGGUUAUAGCUUCAUCUGAACAAAAUCCCUGCAUAUCUGUGUGUGGGCUUCACCCCUCACACCCCAUUAAUUAUUAUAAACUACAUAACCACACAACUAGAAAGGAAAUGCAUUCUCUGCACAAUCUUUAGUAUUUCACUGACAUGUCAGAGAACUGAAUCCUCGUACCUGCUGCAGGCAGUCACUGACCUGUUUUCUUGAACGGUACAUACGAGCACCUGGUACAGACUUUAGCAUUAAAUUGAAUCUAUUUUAUAGUCAUUUUUUUUGCUUUUAUUUUCACAACAUCGAAUUGUCUUUUAUAUAACGCAUGUUACUGGUAUGAGUAAAUCCCAUAGGUACUCAUGAAUGCAUUGUGCAUGUACUGUUCACACAGUUCAGUUUUAGACCGUUAUUUCAGGAUUGGAGGAUAUUCCGUUGCAUUUAGGGCAUACAGCAUUUUUAAAAUACUUUGAAAUAGUGCAUUUUCUUACUAUUAUUUUCCAAGGAUACCAUCAGUACUUGACCUGUAUGUCUUGCAUUGUUUUCUUAGUACUAAAUUAAUAAUGAAAUAAAUGAUGUAGCAUGCAUGAGCUGCUAAGGCACACGGUACCCAAAUAGAUGAUAAUACUAAUAACAGCAUGCAUAGUCCAAUAGUCAAGCAUAUGCCAUGCUAGCCUGGUGUAGAACUUCUGACAAAGGAACAUUCUAGCAACUCAAAGGUCUUAAGUACCCAAUUUUCAAAUACAUAAAUAUAACAAACCAGGUAGAAGUAAGCCAACAAAAAUGGUAACAUGUCCAUUAUGAUGUGUUUAUUAAAUGUUGUUUGGGCUUCAGAAAGCAUAACAGUCUUCAAAAUAGUUUGUAUCAUAUCCAGAGAUUACAUCAUUGAAGAAUUCCCAGCAGCCAUCUUUAAGACUACCUGUUGCUAUGCUGUGUAUCCUCAUAAUGACAGUUAUUGGGGGAUUAUUGGUACAAGAUCCUACGCUUCUUAUUUCUUUCAUGUGGGAUGAGUUUGCCGGAGGAGCUUGUAAAGUUAUUUUUCAGUGUUUAAAUUUUUCUCAGUACUUCAGUUAUCACUUCUGAAUUUGUUUAGGGGACUGCUUUUACCUCAUUUUUGUUGUUUCUGAUUAAUUAUUUGUAAGUUUUGCCAUGUUUAGGCAUAAACAUAUCAGACGGCCUUUUCCAUACACGUAAGCACAGUAAAAGGGGAAAAUAUAUACCAUGUAUGUCAUUACCUUAGAAACUAAAACAAAAAAUAGCUCUGUCUUUAAGUAAUGUGUAGUUAUGAUAACAUGUAAAAGAAAAGUGCACAGUAAAAUGAGAUAUCAGUAGAAACAGAUUUUAUUGACAAGUAAAAAUAACUAAACAGUAAAUUAAAUGUAGAUAAGUUUUCAAUGUGAACAACUCCAGUUGAAAAUCAUUUAAAAUAUAACCCUUUUUAAAUAAUUUCCAAAGUGAUCGUAUAAAAGUGGAUUAUGUUAAAAAUAUGAUAUUAUAUUUCAACUCAGAUGUUGUGAAUAUGUACUCAAAGACAAAAUAAUGUUUUUUUUCCCCUUUUGCUAAAGGAAACUGGGUGAUUCCAGUAAGAAGAAAGCAUUGCUAAGUGCCAGGUAUUGGGAAUAGAGCUAUAGAGCUGUUUUCUGUACCAGUGAAAAACCAUUCUAUUUGGGCAGUGGCUACAACUGCCCACUUUAAAGUAGUCUAAAUGCAAGUAAUUUCUGCCAUUGCAGCAUAGACUACUUAUAUGCUCACGGGUAAGUGCUACGCUAGCUGCCUUUUUGAGCCAUUUUAAGUCUAACCAACUGCCCUUUCAAAGGUGAAAACAAAACCCUGUACCUUUUGUUUGUGACGUAAAUGUUUUAAGAGUUCUACCAGUUCCAACUCUUAAUUGAUUUACUUUUAUUUACUUACGCAUUGUUGGCUGAGUUAGUCAUAAUAGACUAAUGGCCUCUUUAUUGGGGUUGGGAGGGUUGCCUAAUGGUUAAGGUGUUUGCCUUACAAACACAAGGUACAGAGUUUGAAUCUCACAGGGGAUAACUGGCUAGGCUUAAAAUGGCUCGCAAGGGCAGUUAGCCUAGUACUAACCUAUGGCCAUAGCUGUCUCUGAAUCACAUUACUUACCCUUUUGUUAAACAUUACAUUCUGGACAAUCAGUUCAAAUACAUGACUGGUUUCUUAAGUAAAACACCUUUAAGUCUUGUUUUGGAUCACUUUCUCCUCCCAUAUAAUUAAAUACUCAGUAUUUGUCCUGCUGAAGUCUGUCAUACAAACUGAAUCCUGAAGAGGAUAGGUUAGGUAUAUAGUACCUAUCCCACAUCCAGAUCAUAGCUGACGUGUCAGUCAACAGGGAAGGUUGUGAUGGCUUUUUUGCUUAUUUGCUUGUUUUGUUAUCUGUCUUGUAGGCCAGUCAGCAAUUGUCUUUUUGUCUCUUCUGCUACCUUUCAGGAAAGAAUUGAAGAUGGUUUGGCCUACCUCUUCUUUUACUGUCUGUCAUCCAAUGAUGACAAAAACAUUAGGGGAGACACAGAAGAGGUAGAGUCAGACUCGUAGGAUGCAUCUGAGAUUUAUUUGCUGGAGUGCUGUGUUGUGAUUAGAAGUGUGUUCUGUGAAGUCUGUUCCUCCGCUAGAUAUGCUAUCAAGGAUAUGCAGUUGCAGUAGCUGCAGUAUAAAUUACCUUUUUAUAUUUAGUUGGGGGAAGCUCAUUAAAGAGUGGCAGUACAAGCAGAUAUUAACAGGAUUUUUGAAAAUUUAAAUUUUUCAAAUUAAAUAUUAUAGUUGUACAUUCUCUACAUUUAGAUAAUUUGAUUACCAGUUUUGAGUGCAAACAAAGCAGUAUAAAAUAAAGUUUUUGUUUAAACAACAUGGAGGCAGUCUGAGAGAACAGAUAAUUUAACAUUUUUAUGUUUCAUCCUACAACUUACUAGUUAAUUAUCUACAUUAACUUGACUAUGUGAAUGUGUGU